GGUGACGUCACCACGCAGGGCGGUGCACUUCCUGGUUACGGUGCUCUCGCAUGUUGUGGUUGAUCGAUGCUUGGGUCCGUCUGAAGGAAUGAUUCAUUUCCUUCUGCGGCGAAACUGGAUGUGCCGGAUCCGUCUAGCGCUCACUCUCCUCGGACUCCCCUGCACCGUGGGCUCCUCCGGACGUAGGUCUGCCAUCGCCUGCUCAUCCUUCCCUCCUUUCAUCAGCAGCCACACCGCCAGACCGAUCACUUCCAGUUGCUGUAACCUCUACACGACCAGCGUCCUGACAAUGCCGACCUCAGCGGUUCCUCACGCAAAAUCCAGAUGCCCUCAGUAUCCAGGAUCCAACGUCAAGCGCUUCCCGGUGCCCGAUAACCAGGUGGACUGGAGUCAGAACUGGCCACAGUAUAAACCAGUCAGCCACACCGACUCUGCGGUAGCAAAGAAGCCAGCAUGGGCAGAUCCUGAUAUCGGGUCUUUCAGUCCAAAUUUCAACGCUGUGGAUGGUUCUGUGGACAGGACAAGCUUCGAGGGCAGCUACAAGGUUGAAAAUGGAAAGCCACUGAAUCCUCGUGGACGCACAGGGUUGAUCGCUAGAGGUCUGCUGGGACGAUGGGGACCCAAUCAUGCGGCAGAUCCAGUUGUCACCAGGUGGAAAGUAGAUGCCAAAGGAGCAAAGAUACAACACCCAGUCACCAAAAAGCCUAUCCUGCAGUUUGUGUCCAUCAAGAGGAAGGACUGUGGGCAGUGGGCCAUCCCUGGGGGGAUGGUGGAUGCAGGGGAGCAGGUCACCCUCACGCUGCAGCGGGAGUUCUCGGAGGAAGCGUUGAACUCUCUUUCGGUGUCGCCAUCGGAGAGAGCAAAAAUCAAUGAGCGCAUCACGAAACUCUUUAAAUCAACAGGGUUUCAGGUCUAUAAAGGCUAUGUGGAUGAUCCUAGAAACACUGACAAUGCUUGGAUGGAGACAGUCGUGGUCAACUUCCAUGAUGACUCAGGCGACAGUGUGAGCGAGCUGCCGCUGCAAGCCGGCGAUGACGCAGGACAAGUCAAGUGGGCUGAUGUGGACUCGUCUUCACCCCUCUAUGCAAGUCAUUCCCAUUUCCUGGAGCUGGUUGCCAAAGAGAGGAAGUCCCACUGGUAACCAAACCAAGACUGUUCUGACAAAACCAUGAAGGAAACACGAACAUGAGCAUCACUACUCUCAGUGAGUGCUGAGAGUGCUUGAUAAUUAGAAUGCAUGACACCUAACACUGUACCUCACUAAUUUUAACAUUAAAAUUACAUUUAUGAUAAUGAAAGCCUAAUAAACAUCUCAUUAACGGUACAUGAUGUACAAUGAAUGAUGGACAUUGUGGCUAUGCAGCUUUACUCUACUAAUGUAGCAGAACUAAUGAAAUGAAUGUAAAACCCCAUUCAGGCCUGGUACAUCUGUCCUGAGUGAUCCGUUCACAAGUGGCCAGCGCUAAGUCCAGGUCGCACCCAAAUGCGUUCAGAUCACUCAGACCACAUUCAGAGGUGGUGUGGGACGCACAUGGCCGCAUUCAUUUAGCCGCGUGAACCACACUAUCAACACUAUUCAGUACAUAUUGAUGGAGACUUUUCUUAAAUUGGUAAAAUCUUUCCCCUGGCUAAAAACAACAUUAUUUGGUCCUCACUUACGCAAAUGUCGUACAUAUUUAUUUUCCGGGUAAGUGAGGUUUGAUCACAAGUGGUCACAGGAGACGCAUUCAGGACGGACUUAACACUGACCACUUGUGAACGGAUCUUUGAACAGGGCCUAAGUAGCAGGUUGAAAGCUUGUUAAAAUGUAUGCUGUUUGAUUUUUCUUAUAGAACAGAAACAAAAAAAAAAGAGACUCUAGGUGUAAAAACCCACAUGGUGCUCAGUGGCACACUUCAUCAACAGAUGAGGCUAACCACAUGAUUUCCACUGGCACAAAUUGUGCUAAUUUAUUCAAUGCUAACAAGAAACACAUUAAGCCAGUGAAAUCUUGUGAGAACAACCUCAAUGGGCUGCUGAACAUAACACAUACAACAUUAAUGGAAGUGCGAUAAGGGGGCAAUCAGGGAGAAAAGUGUGUGGACUGAUUUUGAUGUGUACAUGUGAAUAGAAAAUGAAGAAGUUGCUGGAGCUCUAGCUUCAGCCCAGACAGGCUGAAGCUAGAGGACAAACACGUUCUCUAGUGGUAACAGUCGGUGGAAGCAAAGGCCAUUUCACAUUCGACAGCCUGGUCUUUCCAAAUGUUCGCACAAGUAUGUGUCAUCUCACUGGUGGGAAAUUGAGAAUUACGCAUCAAGUGGUUUGCAUCUGUUAGGAUUACUGAGAUAAACACUUCUGUCAUCAAAAGGCUGUCAACAACCAGCAGCUGAGCUCAUAUUAGUUUCAGUGAUGGGAGGCAGCUGCAUCAUCUUAUGUAUCCAACUUGUUUUCAGGCUGAAUGAACAGAUUUCAUAAUAUGUGACAUGCAUGUUCUGUAUGCUGUAAAGCUAGAGAGCAUGGCCAUUAGGCACUUAGGGGAAAUGGAAGAGAUUGUGGCUGUAAAAUGUCAUUUAAUUAGACGCAAAGCAGUUUCAGGAGGCGCCACGAAUCCUAAAAGCUUCAUAAGCGGAGUGGAGAGGCUCUGCUGUUGAAAUGUGAUAUUAUAUAGUAAAAUGUUAAAAUUGUUCUUUACGUCCAUGCAGAUGCUCAUUCAGGUCCAGUGCACCUGGGCUUCUUUCCAUCUCCACUGACAUUAUGAGCACUAAUAGCAUGUGUGUUGUUCCAGCGUUAAAGUUCCGAUUAUUUAUAUAUUUUUUCUGCCUUAUUCAAUUUUAGUAUCAAGACAGAAGCUGCACCAAAUUGCGCACACUCAUAGAUAUCAGUUCCCCAAAUGUGCCUGAUUUUUGUUCAUCAAGAUCCAUGAAUUAUUUCCUGGGAAAUCUGUGAAAAUGUAAAAAAUAAAAUGCCCUAUAAUGCCCCUUUGACCUGAUCCAUGCGUAAGGAAUUAUCGGUCGGCCCGUGUCGCACCCUUCCCCCAAGUUUCAAGAAAAUUGGUUCGGUACUUCCUGCGUAGGUACUACAUGAUAGGACAGGAAGAUGGGAGAGCAAGUGAUCAAAUAAAUUAAAUUGUAUUAUUUUAUUUAUUAUUACCAAUGUUAUACAUAAGACUUCGCCGACUGGUUUGCUUGUACGUGCUGAAACGUGAAAAUGAACCAACAGAUGUCUACUUACAAACUUUGCACUGAAUUUCUGAAGUGUCUUGUGUUUUUAUUAAUUUGAUUCACUUGACAUAUUAAAUCACUAUGAAUUCUUGA